UUCUUCUUUUACGCCUUCCAACUCGAUAUUCGUAUAACCGUGGUCGAUGUCGUUCUAAUACACGGUCAUAAUGUCACACUCGAACAAUUUAUGGAGUGGCGACAUACAACAGAGCAACUGCCAACUCAUGAUUUGGCCAUUCUUGUUCGACACCGUUACGAAGGCGGUGUCGCCUAUGUGAACGGAGUGUGUAAAAGAACAGCCGUUGGUAUUACUGGGUUUUUCCCUGAAGCUCCAUAUGAAUAUGCGUCGGUGUUUUUCCACGAGCUCUCGCAUUUACUCGGCCUUUCACAUACUGCAAUUGCGAACUAUCGUCAGUACUUUUGUUCUAGUGGCUUCGAUAAUGAAUGCAGUGCACAAGCUUUGGUAGAUCUACUACCGUCAAUUGAAUGCCUCAUGGAACCAUUGCAGCUACCACCCACUGUCCUAGCACUUUGUGGAAAUGGCCAUUCCUUUUUGAUACUCAAAGAGAAAACAGUAUUACGACUCUCGAAUCUACUAAUUCGACAACCAUUAUGCCAGUCAGUUCUAUGUGGCGAUUUGAAAUUAAGGUAUUAUGCCUUCAGAUACUGUAUUAAUGCGUUAUGUGAGCCACGAAAUUGUCGUUUCAUUGUGGCAAAGCAGUAUUUGUACACGAUGGUUACGUUUGGAACAGCUCUUACAAUCUGCGGGAUACUAAUUGUUGCCAAGUGA